AUGGUAGAUGCUUCUUGUGGAGGUACUUUCAUGCAUAAGAGUGAGAAUGAGGCAUGGCAAUUGUUUGAGACCCUUAGUGAGAAUUCUUUACAUCAUGUGUCAGCUUCUAGAACGGAACCCACCACUACUGGACCCCAAAAGAGAGGUGGCCUCUAUAAGGCAGUCCACUCAACUCAAACUUGUCAGGAAGCAUGUACUCUUUGUGCCAGUCCUGCUCAUUAUUUGAGUGAUUGUCCUUUAGCUGUGCAAUUCCCUGAAUAUGUUCAAGAACAAGCACAAGCUGCCCAGAAUUUCUCUAAACCAGGUCAGUUAGUUGAUGCCAUAAGUAGGAGAGAAGAAGGUCAACUACCAAGUCAAGUGGUAGGAAAUCCUAACAGUCAGCCUAAUAAUCAAGUUUUCCAUGAACAAGCUAAGGCAGUCAUGACUUUAAGGACUGGCCGAGUAUUGGGAACCGCUGAACAGAGUUCCCCUGCAAAGAAUUCUAAGAAAGAUGUGAAUCUAGAACCCAGUCUUGAAGCUUCUCAAGCUUCCAAGGACCAUGAGAUUGAUCAAUUUGGGAAGGAUAGCAACCCUGAUGUUUACAUGCCUAGAGCCCCUUUUCCCUCUUGUUUAGAAUCUCCAUCUUCUUCUGCAUUUGGCAAGAAGAGUGCAAGAAUGGAAGAGAUGAUGGAAUUAUUCAAACAAGUUAGUGCAGUCCUAUCUAAUCCACUCCCCCCUAAGGUUAAAGAUCCUGGAGCACCCCUUUUAGCUUACACCAUUGAAAACCUCCGAAUUGAACGUGCAUUCUUUGAUCUAGGGGCAAGUGUUAAUAUUUUUCCUAGCUCAGUUAAUGAUCAUUUUGGGUUUGGAGAAUUAAAGCCUACAAAGGUUAUUCUCCAACUUGCUGACCGUUCCAUUAAAGUGCCUAGAGGUUUCAUUGAGGAUGUGUUGGUCAAAGUAGAUGAGCUCUAUUUUCCUGUGGGUUUUCUAGUCCUUGACAUGGAAAAACCAACUAAUGGGAAACCACCGUUGAUUAUCUUAGGACGUCCAUUCUUGGCUACUGCCAAUGCAUACAUCAACUGA